AACAAAGUCAUCCAAUCACAAAAAAAUCUGAAGGGGAUUUUUGCUGUAUCUUGGCUCAGAUGGUGGUUCUCAGCACUGGUUAGUUGGUCCAGAUGUCGGAGGACCAGCGGCACCAGCGGGCCGAAGCCUCCCGACGGGGGGAGGGCAGCCUGGAGGCCGGGGAGGGUGACACCGAGCCCAGCAUGCUGCUGCAGAAACUCAAGAGCAACAUCUCUAAGAAUGUUCAGACCAAAGUGGAUCAGAUCCUGCAAGAUGUUCAGCGUUUCUCUGACAACGACAAGUUGUACCUGUACCUCCAGCUGCCCUCUGGACCCAGCUCUGGAGACAAGAGCGGCGGCGACUCGAGUUCUUUCAACACAGCCGACCAGCUUCACACCUGUAACUGGAUCCGCAGCCACCUGGAGGAGCAUUCAGACACCUGCCUGCCCAAACAGGAUGUCUAUGAGACAUACAAGAGAUACUGCGAGAACCUCCAGCAUCGUCCUCUGAGCGCCGCCAACUUCGGGAAGAUCAUCAGGGACAUUUUUCCCAACAUCAAGGCGAGACGGCUCGGUGGCAGAGGACAGUCCAAAUACUGUUACAGCGGCAUCAGGAGGAAGACGGUUCUCAACAUGCCUCUGCUGCCGAACCUGGACCUGAAGAACGACCCGGCGGAGCUCACCGAACUGGUCCAGACCUACAAACAGGAAGUGACGGAGGCGGCUUGCGAGCUGAUCUGUGAUUGGGCGCAGAAGAUCCUGAAGCGCUCGUUCGACACGGUGGUGGAGAUCGCUCGCUACCUGAUCCAGGAGCACAUCGUCAACCCUCGCUGCAGCCAGGCUGAGCUGGUGACCUCUGCAGCGCUCGCAGCAGGAGGUCCGGCUAAAACCCACAAAGUCAUCAAGAAGACUCCUGUGAUCUCCAAAGCUGACGGCGAUGGAGCUGCAGAUCAAAAGAAGGAAGCAGGAGAUUCGUCUUCCUCGUCCUCGGUGAAGCCGCCUGGAGACAAAUCUGCCGGAGCGGCCAAACCUUCCUCACUGGACGCUCCACCUCCAUCCUCCUCCUCCUCCUCUUCCUCUUCCUCCUCGUCUCUGCGUCCUGCGGUGGAGGCCUUCAUUAAGCAGUUACCCAGAAUCCUUCCUCGGAGCUCCCUCCCUGAUAAGACCCUCUCUGUGCGCUCCUCUCCGCCCUCGUUGGCUCCCAAAGACGCUUCUGGAGUUGGAGGAGCUUCUGGACCCGGAGGUCCAGCUGCUGCCGCUGCCGCCAGCGGUGGGGGGGUUAAAGUCAUCUCCAUAGCAACGCUGCCCCAGCAGCAGGGCGGGCCCGUCCCGCUGAUGAUCCUGCCUCAGAGCUGUCUGUCCUACGACAGGGAGAAGGUGGCCCCGCCUCCUGCUCCUCCACCUCCUCAGCAGCAGCACACCCCUGCAGCCCCCACCUCCGUGGUCCAGAAGGCCCGAGGGAGCGGCAGCAAGCGCCCCCUGGAGGCCGUGACGUCAGGCGGCGGCGCUGUGAGCGGGUCUGGUGGAUCUACCUCCAGCGCUCCUCCAGUGAAACGGAAACGAGGACGACCGAGGAAACCUCGCCCUGAAGACUCCCUCCCUGCUCCUCCUGCUGCUCUCCCCCCUCCGCCUCCCCCCACCGCUCCUCCCUCUCACCCUCCCAUCAUCACUUCCAUCACCGGCGGCGUCAUCCAGAAGGCCUCCUCCUCCUCCACGUCCUCCUCCUCCCAGCCGGUGCUGGAGCUGGUGCUCCAGGAGCAGCCGGGGCUGGUUCUGAGUCAGCUGCCGACGGACCCGGCCCACCGGCUGGUGGAGCACCGCGGCGUGGUGGUGCAGUGCCAGCCGGGCGGGGCGGCCGAGCCGGACCGCCACGGCAGGCCGCUGCUGCUGUUCCAGAGUCCGGGGAACCCGAGCUGGGAGCUGGCGGCGUCGGGACGGACGCCGAUGGUGGAGGUGAUCCAGAAAGCUCCCAGACCGAGCAACAACAACAGCAGCAGCGCUCCUCCGCCUGCAGCCCACCUCCACCCGCCCGCCCUGCCCCUGCCCACGGUGCACGAGGACCGGGCCGAGGUGGAGAUCACGCUGACGCCGGUGGAGGUGCACAUCAGCCCGCCUCCUCCCCCCUCCUCUGCUGCUCCCGUCGCCUCCCCGUCCGUCUCCUCCGCCUUAGCGGUGAAGAUGGACGAGGAGGGAGGAGAGAGCAGCACCUCCUCCAACAGGGAGGGACUCUAGUGUUUUUAUCAGCUUUACCUCACCUGCAGUAAACCCUCCCCCUCGCCUCUCCUCUUCCCUGUUGGUGGAAAUCCCAGAUUGGCGUCGGCAGAUAGCCAAUCGAGGAGGAUAAAUGAAGCCAAAACUUCGCCACGCUGUCCUUCAUCGGCUCCAUCGCCAUGGAAACAGACUGGACGCUGUUAAACCUGCAUGUGUGUCUGUGUGUGUGUCGCCUGCAGCUCCUCACCGUCCUCCUCCUUCCUUCACUGCUUCCUCCUCGCCUCCUCCUGUCUUUGGUCAUCCGCUGCUUCGCUUCACAUCAGAAAAUAACACAGAUAAAGAAAAGAUGAAGGAAGGAGGGGAGAGGAGGAACAGUGAGUUCAGUGUUGGAUCAGGUGGAGUCGGUAGAUACAGUAGGUACUUACGGGUCAGAGCCUUGUGAAGGUUCUCUGUGCUAAAUAUGAAAAACCUCUUUAACGGAGCUCAGCGUCGAUUCACCUCCACCUCGCUGGAACAUCAGCCAAACAGAAACGCAGUGAAGGUGAACCGACGCUCGGCUCCUCUGUUCUAAACAGCUUUGUGUUUUUAUCUGUCAGUUCCAUGUUUCUGAUCGUGUGUGUGUUCGAGAGAGAAAGAGAGAAAAAUCUAAAUCACUCUAAAUAUCAUGUCCUGUAAAAUGAGCCAUCUCAUAUAGAAUUAGAUACACGGAAAUGAGACUUUAUUUAUUGCUCCGGGCUUUUAUUUUGCAAAAAACAUUUGCUGGUCAACAACAGUAAAUCGGAAAUUAUAAAAUUAUUUUACUUAAAAUUGAGCAAAGACUCAAAAACACCGAAUUGUCAGGUCUGUUUGUCCAAUCAGCAGGACUUGGGUAUCCUUUGAAAUACUUAUUUGAAUUCUUCUUUUUUUAUCUUUUAAAAUAAUUUGAACUCUAACAUUGAUCGCAAAUUGUUAUUUUACCAUUUAUAUUCACCAACAAGACUGUAAGAUGCUUCCAAGUUAUUUCAGUUUGAGCUGCAGGAGGAAAAAGAACUAAAUUUAAGUUUCCUCCUGUCGCUCUUCCAUCUCCAUUCUUUUCUAGACUUCAUCUGAGAUUUUAACCCUCAAAUUCCUCCAUCUAACCAGUCUUUGUGGCUUUAAAUAUUUUCAAUUCAGGACCUUUUAUUUAUCACAAACAAAAGGUCUGGAAUUGAGAAUAUUUAAAGUAACACAGACUGGUUAGAUGGAGGAAUUUGAGGGUUAAAAUCUUGAAUGAAGCCACAAAUUAUUUUUGACCUGUAGCUUUUUUAGGUCUAGAAAAGAAGGGAGAUGGAAGAGCGACAAGAGGGAAAUUAAGUUCUCUGUUUUUUCCUCCAGUUUUCUGCCUCCUGCAGCUUAAACUGGGGGAAAAACAGAAUUUAAGUUUCCUCCUGUACCUUUAAUCAAUUUUAAAUAUUCUCUCAUGAUCGGUUAAAGAUCUGGCUUAAAACACGAGCUAGAUUGUAUUUCUGAAAGCAGAUUCUGAAUCCACCCAGAUGCUGUGAUACCCGGUCCUGAUGAUCCUAACCAGACCCGACAGUGUCUUAAACUCUGUCAUCCGUUCAGAGCCUUUCGAUCAGCCAAACCCACUGGGAGACAAAUGUGAGUUACUACGGAGAUGAUUUGUGUUGCUGUGCUGGUCUGAUGAGCUGAACCCGACCAGAGUUCAUCUUUCAGCUCAGAUACAAAGAGCAAAGCACAAAGUUAGCCGCCACGUAGCGCUAACACACACUAACAUGCAGUAAACCUAAGUGUUUGUGUAGAAUUAGCUCCUGUAGCACCUUGGAUAGCCUGGUAGCUGGCUUAGCUGUCAUUGUUUGUCGCCAUGCACCCUUUGCACUAAUUUCUGCCACCUUUUCAUAACGAUGCCACAUCAGCAAUGUGACACGACCACGCUGACGUCCCUCCGCCUCGUCCUCAGAUCGGUUCUUUACUCAAAACAAGUCUGAAAAGUAGAAAUCCAACAGUUCUUCUGCAGCAGGAGAAGCUUUAGAGUUCAAAGCAGCAAACAAGAUAUCAAAAUAGACCAAACACAAACUCUUAUCUUUGAAAUAAAUCACUCUAUUUUAGUUUUCAUGCAUUUGAAUUCACACCCUGAUCUGCGUUCAGUGUCAAAUACCUGCGUUUGUUCUGGAAGAGGUCAUUAAAAACUGUCCCUUCAGUGGAAAUCAAAGCUUAAACAACUGAUUGAUUUAUUGAUUGAUUAGCAGAUGAUCAGCGUUGACUGUGAAGCUUUAAGAAAUGACAAUGGAUGUAUAAAAAAAUCCAUAUAUUGUUGAGAUUAAUUAAUAUUACGAAAAAUUUGCAUUGAAUUGCAGUUUCUCUUCACAGUUAAUCAAUCACUUCAAUGAGUGUUUUAUUCCAUCAAAUGGUUAAAAAAAAUAGAUUUUAUUAUUCUGAUUAUUUUUUAAGUGUUUUGUUCCAUCAAAUGGUAAAAAGUGUGAUUCCAAUAUUUUGUUGAAAUAUUUAUUAAUUCAAAAAUGAAGCGAUUCAUUAUCAGAAUAGUCGACUGAUUUUCUGUCGGUCAGCUAGUUUCUUAUCUAAACAGAAAAUGAGCCUGCAACAAUUUAGCUGAGUUACUGAACUAUUAAAUACAUUUUUAAGAUAUAAAAAGCGAAAUACUCACUCUCAAAAGCGAGAAUUUGUGUGUUAUCAUGGUCUUACAUGACUGUAAAUGUAGUACUUAGUUUGGAAUGUUGUUACACAAAACAUUUGUCGGGUUUAAUCCAGAUGCUGUGACAGUUGUUAUUCAUUGACUAAAUAAUCAGUCAGUUGAUCCAGAUAAUAUUUAGAAGUAAAAUAUUCUUAAAUAGGUUGUAGCCCUACGAAGUAACGUGAAUUUAAGUCGUAGCUGAGAAGCAGCAGGACCUCCUUCUUCUUCUUCUCUGUUGGUUGCUGACGGAGGCGUUUGAUUCUGCGUCGUCAUGGAAAUGUCACAUUGCUGAGGUUUUCUUCUUUGCCUCUGCUGAACGACGUCCCGCUCCAUGCGAGGACGCCUUCUUCAUCGUUGGUGCUACAGACGGCAGGACGUGUCCUCGCUGUGUCCUCCUGUAUAAAGCCCUGUCUGCUGGUGUGAAUGAGUGUGUGUCGUCGUUUCCCUCCGUCCUGUGACAACGAGCGCUUCGGGUCAGUUAAAGGGACGCUCAAAAAUUCUGACUGUUAAAACGUUGCAUGAUGGGAACGUGAGCUUUAGCACUUUGCAGUUUGGUCUAAAGGCUCGCCCACAAUGUGUAAUUAAAGGAGCACCAGGAAAGCUGGAAGUCGUUUUUUAUGUGAAGUGCCAAAACGUUUCCACCUGGUGGAAAAACACAACGGAGCCCCUUUAACCGCCGAGCCUCCGCUCUGUUCAGACAGAACUAAUGUUGCACUGUUGAAUCUAAAACAAGAGGAAGUGUGUGUAUGUUAUGGAUUUAUUGUUAUAUGCAUUGAAAACAUACAUUGACGAGUAUUUAUGAGUGAUGUAAACAUUGUGCUUUAUGCUUGCACUCGGUGAGAAGCUGACCAGCCGCGUCGGCUUUAUUUUUUAUGGCAGAAAUUUGGUCAAAAUAAUAAUAAUCCUUGUUUAAAGUGAUGAGCAGAGAGUUUAGCAGUAUGAAUAAAAUACGUUGUGUUAACGUCACAGUAACUGGAGGGAUGUGGAGGGACGAGCUGGUCGAAGCAACAUUUCACUUUGUUGGGUGUUUUUACUUACAGCAAACAGAAGGAAGUGUUUACUGGAGUCCAAUGACUUUAGUCAGACCCCAAAACCUGCAGAUUAAAACUUACAUGUGCAGAAAAUCAGCGUUUAAUUUUCUUGAAUCCACGUUGAUUCAGUCCAGCAGCAGCCAAGCAGGAUCUAAAUGUUUGUCAAGACUUCAGGACUUGGACUUCACUGGUUCUUGAUGGGACUUUAGGACUUGAUUUGAAACUGGUUUUUAACUUGUUACUUCUGACAUUGGAGAAGUUGUUUAAGUUUCUGCUAGACAACAGAGCUGGUGUUUAGCUUGAUCUGGUUAAACUUGGACUCAGUCUGAAACCUGCUGGUCUUGACUUGGGACUUGCUGGUUUUGAUUCCAGCAUAACUCCAGCUUUGUUAGUCUUAGCUAGAGACUUGGUGAUUGACUUGCUGUUAGGACUGUUUAAUGAUACGACAAUCUCUGUUUGAACUUGGCUCUGGACUUGCUGGUCUUGACUGAUGAGAGGAACUGAUUUUGGUGGUCUUAAACUGGCACUUGCUGGUCCUAACUUAGGACUAGGUGAUUGUGACUCCAUAGUUCGUAGUCCUGACUUGGUAGUUGAUGAUCUUGGAAGUUCUCUGAGGCCUGAAUGCUUCCAGGUUUCUGCUGGUCUGAACCAACUCUCCGGAAAACGUUUCCUGCCAGGUUGUCCAACAAGCUGCUGUCACUCAACAUCGUUCUCAUGACUGUGAGACAGAUUCCAGAUGCUUUUAUUUUGGUUAGAAGGUGCGGUGAUGUCCGUCACCGGUACAGAAACUCUCCAUAGACGAUACUGGACUCAGGUUUGAUCUAAGACUUGUCCUCAAAGUGAAAUGUUGCUUUUGGGGGUCUACAGUUAAUGUAAAAAUAUCAGACAGCUGUUUCCCCCUGUAGGAUCUGCUGGAUUAAACUGGACUAAACUGGUCAAACUGGGAAAUGUGACAAAAAUCUAGAAGUAGUUUGAAAAGGGUUUGGUUGGAUUUGGGGGUCAUGAGGACUCAUUUUGGACCAUCUGCAAUGUUUCCCAUGGACAAAGGUUGGAAAAAAGACUUUUGUGGACAUGAAACCCGGUUUUGUCCAGUUUGGCUUUGUAACUGGGUGCACUGGGCCUUCUGGACAUCGACAGUUUUCUUUAGUUGCUCUAGAAAUAUUUGGAACGAGAAGAUCUGAAAAAAGAUUUAUGAAAACUCCUAGGCAAAACUCGACCAGUCUGGUUCAGAAACUGGAAGAAUCUGCAAGUUCAGGAUUGUUUUUUAAGUCAUGUUCGUGAAAUGGUUCAGAGCAAGUCAUUGAUGGAGACUGGUCCCCGGUUUGACUCUAAACUGGUCUAACUGAGCCAGUGAAACAUGGAGAGUUCCCUUCAGGACGCGUGUGAACAUUUAGAGAAUUGAUCCGAUUGCAGUAACUGGACGUGUGCGGUGAAGUUACUGAAGGAGUUUGGGAGAUGGUUCGUCCUGCCGUGUUUUAGUUGGGACUUUGGCCGGAAUGAAUGAAUCCCUAAAGAAACUGAAAGAUUAGCUGCGUUGUGAAAACUGGGAAAUGAAAACAGUGAGUUGUUGCUAUAAACUCCAGUUUUUGGCUCAGUUAGUCACUAAACUAGAACAACUGGAUGAGGAUUUUCAGUUGUUUGAUCACUUGGAAUAAGCCUGAACAGUCGGUAGCUCUCUGAAGGUGAAGAUCCAGAAGGACAGGAAGUCUUACGAAGGCUCAGAUCUGUUGGGUCGACUGGUAGAACCGGACGUCUGGAGUUUCCUGUAGAACCUGUUACAACAUCAGCAAAAGUCAACAGAACUAUGACAGUUAAGACCUAAAAAAUGAUUCGGAACAAGUCAGUGAAGGCAAUAAACCUUCCAGUUUGGUCCAGUUUGGCCCAGUUUGGUCCAGUUUGGUGAACUGGAUAUCAAGGUUGGGGGCAUCUGUGGGAAUCUUUCACUGUGGAGCCGAGGUGCUCAAACAAACAAACACAAACGGGUCAGAUAAUCAAAGAUAAAGGAUCGAGAUUCGGGUAGCGGUGAGUCGACCUGAAGGAUCAGACUCCAUGACACAACGUUCUCUGAUGUCACUUCCUGUCGUGGAUCUGUUUGAAGGUGCCAUUGGUUUUUUACUUCAACUUCUCAAUUAGUUGGUAGAAUGACUAAAUAAAUGUUUCUAAAACAUUA